GCCGUAUGCAAGGAUGUCAUACAUAUAGUAGAUUCUUUUAAAAUUGGACCUAGUUUGCUCGGUCAAGAUGUGUACAAUUAGUGUCACACUGUUGGUACUCUGGCAUUUUUUAAUCGUAAUGCCUACCCUCCCACAGAGGAUGUUGGCUUCGAUAAUAGACCGAGAUAGGGCUAACACGAUCAUUAAUAUGGGAAGGGUUUCAUUUCUAUGUUCCCAGCUCUUCCUGACGGCUGGUAUAGAUUCGGUUCCAAGCUUAUCAAGUUGUUUCCAGAGAGAAGGACCUGGGAGCAAGCUCAACAGUUCUGUGAAUCGAUUGGUGGAGAACUGGUGUCAGUCAACAACAAGGACGAAAAUGAAUUUAUAUCUCAUUUGCUUAACCAGAUUAAAACAGACGCUGCAGGUAAAGACCCAAACCAGACCAUAGCACACUGGAUUCUAGAUGGAUCUGAUUCUGACGUCAGUCUCGUAAAUGGAGCUAGAUACGAAGAGGAGGACGGUGUGAAAUCCUUGUACCUGGACGGAUCAGGGGCUUACGCUACAACCCCAGCAGUGGACGUAAGUCAAACAAGUUUUACCAUCACCAGCUGGGUUAAACUUCAGAGCCCCGUGAAUGUUGACUCGCCCAUCUACGCCGACUGGUCAGAUCCUGUAAAAUUUAUUGUUUAUGGCUACUCGUCUGGAUCGGUGUUCUUUGGAGCGGUUAAUAACGAAGGUCAUUAUCGGCCUUGGUUUGGCGCUGGGUAAGCCGGGCUAUUUGUCUGUUCUUUUCUAAGGGAAGGGUUAUCUGAGUUACGUGAGGAGGAGUGGUCAAGCUUCAAAACACUUCCAUUCCACUUCAGGUUUUCUUCAGCUCAGUGUUAAUGAUUCGGCGAGCAGGAAAGCACGGCACUCUCCUAAAAUAUUGAUUUGUAGUUGUACUGCUUUGCCUGGGAAACUUAACCAAUAUAACUGGAAUGGUUGUCAAACGUUUUGUGGAAGAAGUUUUAAUUAAAUUGGUAUACAUGCAGUACUGGCAGUUCAAUGGGCACAUAACUUGAAAUAAAUCCCAGUUACAUUGGAUAACUAGCUUGUUUGGGCAAGGAGUAUAUGACAUGAUGAAGAGUUUUUCCUUGUGUGCUUAAACAGGAAGUAAAAGGUUCCUUGGUCACGAAUUUCUUGUCAUGGAAACAUUACUUGUCUCUUAGGCAACCGGCCUAGUCCUUUACCUAUUAAAGUCCUUUACUUAUUAAAGUAGCCUAGAAAAACAUGUCCCUUUUGUCGUGGUUUGUUUGUUUGUUUUUUUUUUGAA